AUGCUGCGGGAAGCCUCCUCAUUAGUUGGCCUCUGUCUCGCCCUGCAGGUAGCAGCCUUUUCCGAACCCUUGAUCAAAUUUGCCGCGCCCGAUCUUGUCCCUCAUGGGGCUUCUCAAAUCGUGGACCAUGCUUUCGCCUCCUUCUCGUUCCCUGCCCAUUGGCUUCCGGAUUUCGCAGGAAAUAACAGCCAUCCCAACCUCUUCUCCCGUGAUAUCUUGGACCUGUUGGAUCGCACAUACUACAACAGCUCACAGAAGGAGUCGAUUUUUGUGGAAACUGGGGCGAAUGGCAUUCCAUCCGCAGUGUAUGUUGGUCCAGUCUACUUCGAGGCCUUCCACAAUUUCCCAGGUUCAUUAUGGAGCUUCCAGGCCAAUCUGGCCAACAAUGCUACUUGGGGCCUCAACAACACCCUGGAGGUAUGCGAACAGGUGAUGAAUACACUCAAAAGCAGCCUCAUAACUUUUGAGAUUGGGAAUGAGGUUGAUCUCUACCCAUGCGCAGUUCGGCCAUGCGACUAUGACAUCCACGAUUAUCUCCAGGAGUGGACCACGUAUGCGGAUGCAAUCUCAGAAAGUGUUCUCAGAGGAAACCGAUACGGCUUGGACGAGCAAAAGUUCUUCCAAGCCCUUGUCUUCGCAAACGCGGAGCUGAAAAGUUUUACCACACCCAACGCGUUCAACGGAGGAAUUGAUUUGACCAACCAUGUUAAAUCUGUUUCCCUCCACCACUAUGCAGCAGGUAACCAGGCCUGGGUUAGACUUCAGGAGACUUUCAUGAACCACACUGCUGUUGUAGCCAACCUCAGCAUUUACUCUCCUGCAAAUAACUACUUGAAGUCAAACUACCCUGACAUCACCUUCUUGCUCGGAGAGACAAAUAGUGAUUACACUAAUAUACUGAUGAAUCAAGUUGAGGGAGUCUUUGGUAGUUCUUUAUGGCUUAUUGACUACUUAUUGUAUGGAAUGUCUCUAAAUAUCACUCGCUUCAAUCUCAUUCAGGGAACAACCUUCGGAUACACAGGUUGGGUUCCUGUGCCCACUGGCAGCAUGCAACCAUAUGUCCGGCCACCACUCUACGGUCAAAUCGUCGUGGCAGAUAUUAUUGGCCAAAACCCUCAUGUUCAGAUUUUCCCCAUAGAUCUCGGGGCAGAGCACUGGAAAUUUUCUGCAUAUGGCGUCUACGAGUCAACUAAGCUGAGUAAAUACGUACUCGUUAAUCUUGACGAGUGGAAUUCUACAACUAGAUACCCUCGACCAACCCAGAAGGUGACACUCAAUUUCCCCUCUGGUGUCAGUUCUGCCACAGUCCAGAGGCUUCUCGGCGCAGGAGCGAGUGCAGACUCCGAUAUUUCGUGGGGCGGCCUCAGCUGGAAUUAUACCCAUGGGCGGCUCACGCAGUCGGGUCAACCGCAUCACGAGAUUUUGCGCAUCACGAGAGGCAUGGCCAAGCUCACAAUUCCAUCUACGGAGGCCGUGGUUGUUACUCUAGGUUGA